GAGGCAGCACCAUUCCUCGCCACAGUCGAUGAUAAUGAUAUAAACUGUCAUUAUCAAGCACAGGAACAGGACUGAGACUAAAAAUUUUUAUAUCGUCGACGAGGAAUUAUGAUUUAAAAUCAAAUAAAUACCUAUAUAUUUCGAUAUACAUAGUUGCGACAAAAUGAAUGGAUUGUCACUGCGUGUAUCAUCUAUCAGAGCAAAUGAAAAUGUUAAGAGGAAUUCUGAAAUGCGAAUGGAUUUACUAAAAGUGCCUUCCUCCUGCUUCUGUAAAUCUAAAGAAAACAAAUUUCUAUCGGAUUUAUCCACCGCGACGACUGUUGAUGAGCAAAUAAGGAUACUGCGGGAGUACUCUGUUUUUGUUUCAGAACUGGAAAAAUCACUUCUUACAAACAUUCAGACUUUGGCCGAUUUAUUCAUUGAGGCACCACUGAAACAUGCCGCAAAAAAUACAAUUACGAAGUUUUUAACGCAAAUAACCAUUGGAAGGGAAUUCGUGGUGCUAGGACUUUCCAAUGCCAUUGUAAGCAGAAUUCAAAAUUUCGAAAGAGAACCAAAUCAUACAUUAGCGAACCGCAACGCCUUAAUUAACAGUAUAGGAAGCUGUUUUGAAAACUUUAAAGUUGGUAUUGACGCUAUUCGAAGUUGUUUGAACGAUAUUCUUUUGUUUUUCAAUAAGUCUUUAUUAUUAUAUACGGAGCAAUUAAGUCAAAAUAUUUCUCCGUCGGAUAAAAGUGAAAUUAGCUUGUUCAUUCAUGCAACGGUUCGAGUGGUGAUAUCGUGCUUCAAUCAGUUUUCGACCAUAUUGCGAAGUACAUAUGAAGGAGAAAAAAAUGUAGAAAAAGUAAUACUGAUUUCCUGGGAUUUACUAGAGAACCCGGAGAUUCCAAUAGAUACGAAAAUAAAUUGUGGGAUAUUAAUAACCAUGAAUGCGAAUAUGGAAGGACGGUACCUGCGACUAACGGAACGUAUUUUCUCAGAAGAAAAUUCUACAAAAAAGUUGUGUCUAGUGAAUGGAAUUAUAUGUACAAUAGAAUCUGAGCUUUUCAAAGAGCCAGAUUUUAGAGGUUUCAGUAUAUUUUCAAACAUUGCAAAUAUUUUGAAGGAGAUUUCGGAGGAAAACUCGAUAGAGCCCAGUAUUGUUCUAGGUGUAACACGAAGUUUUUCACAAAUGACCAAGAAACUACUGUCACUUCAAAUAGAUGAAUAUAUAAAACGAGAACACAGAGAGCUAGUAGAGAUAUUGGCCGUAAACUUGGGUUAUUCUUUAUCUCAUUUGGAUCACUAUAUGGACAGCGUACGACAUCUGUGCAAAGAACUGUUGAAAUUAACGAUUCAAUUAGGAGUCAAAGUGAACGAGCAGCUAAAUCAUAUAAUUUACGAUUAUAUCAGAAAUGUGAAUAUUAACAUCAACACAAAGUGUAUCCUGAUUAGCGCUAUUUGCUCUAUAGUUAAAGCAAAGGCUGUUUUGCAUGCCGUACCGAAUGUUAUAGAUUUUCUCUUAAAAUCGUUGAUCGUCGAAGAUUAUGGCAACGUAAAUUUGCACAUCAAUAAUUGCUAUGAAUCAUUGAUGAUGUCUUACGGCUACGACGAUAACAGACAAGAGUGGUUCAGCAAAUGGAUAAACCCGAUAUUGGUGGAAAUCAUGAAAAACAAUGAUAAAGUUGAGAUUAAACAGACACUCUUUGAUUUGAUUCGCAAAGCAAUAAAAACGUUUCCUGAAAUAGCUAUUUGCAUGAUCGAUUCGAAAAAUGCAGCCAAUUUCGGGUUGAUAUUAACUUCGCUGGGAAUAGCAAAGAAAAGUGGACUCUUCGAUAAAAUUGAAUCAAAUGCAUUAAAAUGGAAAAAUCUUUUGUCUUACAGAGAUAUUAGACUAGCUAUGAUAUCAGCAGAUGAUUCAACAAGAAUGUCUGCAUUUUAUUUAUUAACUGAAUGCCAUAAGAGCACAGAAUUAUUUACUAAAGAAGAUUUGGAUUGUGUUCUCUUCUUUUUGGAAAAUAACAUCAAUGUCCAAGCACCAUCUCUUAGGCAAAAAAUCACAUGUUACAUGAAAAACGCUUUGAAUCGAUUGAAGUCUGGUUUUUUGAGUAUAAUAAAAAAAUCGGACACAGAUGGAAAAAGUCACUAUUACUAUGACUUUGUUAAGAAACUGCAUCACUUCUGUAUAGACAAUUUGUUUGAUGGUGCCAAUUAUAGUAGAAGAACUAUUUCAUUGCAAAUAUUGAUACAGCUGCUACAGAUCGCCAGCUACAUAUUUUAUGAUGAACAAAGCUCCAGUAUGUGGAAUGAACAACAAAUACAAACCUUACUUGAGGCAUUGAAUGAUAGCUACGAGGCAAAUAAAGUGCAUUGCAUGAGCGUUCUUUUGUAUUGCCCUAAGUCAUAUUUUGAAAAAUGUGAACGACUUAUAAAUUAUGAAACUACAAAAAUGCUUAUGACCAGCGUUAAACCAAAUGACACCUUAUCGGCAGCAUACUAUUUGGAAUAUCUCUGCUUUGUCAACACGUACAUAGAAGCACCAACUGUUUGCCAAGGACCGUUUUCCAUCAUCCAAACAAAGGUUUACAAAACACUAGUAUGGUGUGAGCGGAUUCUUCAGCAUGGACUACAUAUUGCUCAAGCUUCGCUAUUACGAGCUGCUCGAGAAAAUCCAAUGUUUGGAUCAUUAGCAUGCAUACGGCAUUUAUUAAAUAAAAUAGACCUAAAAGAAGUAGCGAAAUGUAAACUGUGGGUCGCAUUUGUUUCGAAUCUCGUACUUACGUGUCGGCAAUUGACAAAGAUUGUCUCUGUCGUCGUUAACAAUUCUUCACCAGAAGGACAUUUACCCAACGAUUUUUCUGAAGUCGAAACUUACGGAUUAGAUGACGAAGAUGUAGAAAUGCAUUCGGGAGAUGAAGAUGUUCCUGAAGGUAUUUCUAAUCUGAAGACCACUCCACAAAUGGUAUUGCUCUGUUCAUGGCGAACUAUCAAAGAAAUAUCUCUCAUACUUGGCGAUAUAGUUUUCAAAACUCCCACAAGUAAAAGUUCAAAAUCUAUUGUUAACGAAAACGAUGAGGACUAUAACAGGUUAAUUAGUUGUGAUUUAAUUAUGGAAAUCGGUUCUUAUUUUACCGAGCUGCUGGCUGAGACUAAGCAUCGCGGUGCCUUUGAACAGGCGUAUAUUGGUUUUUCAAAGCUUUGCAUCCGAUUGUGGGGAUCACAACAUGAUGAGCAGCACCAACUGCCGAUGAAGUGGUUACAGGAAAUGUUAACCAUAAUCGAUAGUGAUAGUCACAAUGAUAACUGUAGUACCGAUACCAAAGCAGUGAAAAUAUGUUCUACGAGGAGAAGUGCUGGCAUUCCGUAUAUGAUGCAAGCUAUAAUUACGUCAGAACUUCAAGUAAGCUCGUCCAAAGGGCUUCAGUUUUCCAUGAAAAAACUUAUUGAGCUUUGCCGAACUGGAAUCACAGCGCAAACCCGAACACACUCGUUGAAUAUAUUACGAGCAUUGUUUCGAUCGACAGAGUUGGGAGACUCUAUAGGAGAAUUCGUCUCGGACGGCAUAGAGUGCGCAAUAAAUGGCUAUGACGCGGAAUCAUGGUCGGAACGAAAUUCAUCAACUCUGCUAUUUUCGGCAUUGAUGAUCCGAGUGUUUGGAGUACAACGGACGAAGGACUCCGAAAAUUUGAAUAUUAGAAAUAAAAUGACUGGAAGGAUAUUUUUCCUAAGGUAUCCACAGUUAUAUGAUUUCUUUAUUACUGAGUUAGAGAAGGCCAGCCGGAUAAUCGUUAAUGGUUCCAGAAGUAAAAAAUUGCAUCCCUUGUUAUUACUUUUGAGUAGACUCUAUCCUUCAGCACUUGAAGGAAGCGAAUCCAAUCUGAAGUUAUCUCGUUUUGUGCCAAUUGUGUCUAUUUGCUCGGGGUGUGCUGAACUUCAGACCCGUUAUCUUGCGGCUAAAUUCAUUGCAAUUAUCGUUUCGCCUGACCUAGUUUUUGAUCGAAUAUUUCUACUUCUAGAAAGUUUAAAUCGGUCUAAUAAUAAAGGAAUUAAUCCAAACUCGCUUCACGGCGCUCUGUUGCAAAUAUUGUAUCUGGUUAAAACACGAACCUUAGACGUUGUGCCGGAGUCAAGUAAUCAACUGAAUAACUGGAUUGAGCUGUACACUGCUAUAUCAAACUAUUUGUUCGAAGUACAAUCAAAUUUUGUUCUAUAUGGUGCCAUUAUUGAUAUUUUGAUUGAGAUUUUAGCAAGAUGCCAGCAUAUUAUCUUCGCAGAAGAUGAUCAAUAUUUGGACGAUCUUAGCAAUAUUGUAGAUUACUUGUCCAAUUUGACUAAACAGAAACCGCUCUAUGGAAGUGAAUUGAUAAUGAAAAAAAUCGUUUUGAUCAAAGUGGUAAUGUACAUGUACAAUAAUGAAGAGAAUACGCCUAAAGAUUGCUUUCUGUGCCAAAUUGAUCCUGACACUUAUAGCUACGAUUACUUGGAAUCGGUAAUGAACCUAAUUCUGCUCAUUCUUGAUUUUGAUGUAUUCUCAACAAACUCAGAUCAAUUCGAAAUAGAUCAAAUGUUUUUAUAUUUCAUUCGUCAACUGAAUGAUUGCAAGCGUGCAAAGGUCAAAUCUUUACGGAACGAGUUUACGAAAUCCUCUAAGUUUCAUUGCUAUUUGAAAACUAUCAUCGAGCGGAACAUUUACUACAGCUGUACUGUGAAAGCUUAUACGAUUUUAAGCUAUAGUAUUUUGGGCGUGCAAACAUUGAUGUCUAACAAAAGCAGUAGUAAUAGUGAAAUGCUAAAAGUGUUAUUCAAAACUGCUGUCUCCCGGCCUAAUCAGCUAAGUACUAGCAUAUACAAGUGUGUGAAAUGCAUAUACUACGUUGAGAUGAAAGCUCCGGAAAGUAUACUUGAAAUAGAUAUCCUGCCGAUAAUGGCUUCAUCCGUUCAAUGCUCUGACGUCAGGGCCACCACUGUUGAUAUUAUGAAAAUUAUAUCAAGAAGAUUCAUAGAAACCAAAUCAUUUGGGUUCUAUUUGAACUUCAGUCGGACGCUUCUGAUGCUUUUGAGGGAUGAUGAUACGGACAUUAGAAAUGAAGCAUCUACCAUUGUUACUAAAUUAUACAACUUUUCUGAAAAGUUGAAAAUUCCAAAUCAUUUAGCGCCAUACGCACAAAGAAUAUAUUUGGAAGUGCUAUCUAAAACGAUGCUAUCGCAUAAAUUCACUAUUUGUCAUGUUUUGGCUAUGUUGCUGGCAAUAAUGGCUUAUGAAACCGAUGAAGAAGAUGACAAUGAAUUUUUCAGAGAUAAUUCCGAGUUUCGAGUGUUCGAUAAAAAUGAGGUAAAUAUUUUCGGCGAAUCUGCGUUAUUGAUCGAUCAUUGCAAAGUGGAAAUACAGAAGCUUGUCAAUCGCCACGAGGUGAACAUUGGACUGAAUGCAGAUAAAAUAGUCACGAUAGCUGAAAAACACUGUAAAUUCAAAACAGCAUUACCAGCAUGUUUAAUCGAAGCUCAAAAACCUGCCAAAUUAGUUGAUAUAACGGAUAACAAACAGUCUACGUAAUUUUUAGUCACACGAAAUCACACUAAAACCGCAAAGUUGUGU